AUGCAGCUCCAGCAUCAUCUCCUCGCAGCGCUGUCCGUCGCUGCAGCGCCGUCAUGGGCGCUCAUCCAACUCUUCAACUCCGACACCCUGCCGCCUCUAUCGCCGGGAUGUACUGCUGCGCUCAGCAGCAAUUUGUCAUGUGGCGUUAUGGAGACUGGUGACACGAUGUACCAGUUGACGGUCAAUCUGACCACGGAUAUGCUGGACGAGAUGUGCUCGCAAGAGUGUUUGAACUCCAUCGCAGCAUACGAGCAGAAGGUUGAAGUCGAAUGUGCGAACGAUGAGUUUGACGAUUCUGGAAACUCAACUAGAGCUUCGGCUUCUGCUUCUGGAGUAUAUCGGCCUAUUGUACUGCCAGCUUACUACCUUACCAACCACAAGCAGAGGUGUCUGAAAGACAGUGACGGAGGUUACUGCGUGCUACAUCUCCAAGCUACGAACGACCAGGACGAGUGUGAUCAUUGUGGAUUGCAAAUGUUCCAGGCAGAGCUCAGCAACAGCUAUUUCUUUAACAAUGAUUUGGCAGAGCAGUUUUCUUCCCUGACUUCAAGUUGUUCUGUCUCGACACUUGACACUCCGACACAUACUUCUGUCGUUCUCUCCAGUUCGUCCGCUGGCAUGCCAACUCCGACAGCCUGCGCAGAGAGGGUGGCAACGAUUCAAGCAGGAGAUACCUGUGACAGCUUCGCGGCGGCGAACAAUGUAAGCACAUGGAGAAUGCUCAUCGAAAAUGGAUUACAGAGCGGCUGCUUGGACUUUCCCACCAGCGGCACACUCUGCGUCAGUGGCCGGUGCCAAACCCAUCUCGUCCAGCCUCAGGACACAUGCGUCAGUCUCAGCCGGAAAUACGACAUCACCAUAACUCAAUUCAUCACAUGGAAUUCUGUCUUGAAUUCGCUAUGUAGUAACUUUGACGUCCUGGUUGGCCAUUACGUCUGCGUUAGCUAUCCAGGCAAUGCUACGUCUGAGUUCAAUUCUUAUGCCUCUGGGGUCGCUGGGUCGACGGCAACGGCUCCAGCUCCAAUCCCUAGCGACGUUGUCGCUGGCACAAAUGUCAAUUGUGGCAAAUAUUACCAUGUUAAGGAGGGGGAUUAUUGUCAGUCCAUCGCAAUGGCACACGGUAUCACCGUAUCGGACUUCCUCUUUCUGAAUCCUGAAGUUGAUGGAAACUGCACCAAUCUAUACAAGGACUACAGUUACUGCGUGCAACCAGUUGGGAAAAUAGAGACCUACCCGGGAUAUGGAGGUUCCACCACAACACCAUCACCCACCGUGCUAUAUGUCACCCGUAUGGCGUGGAGCGAUCUACCGAUUGCGACAAAUUUGACUUCCUGGGUACCGAUCGUGACACCGGUCACUGCACCCCUCGCCAAGCGUACUCGACGAGACUGCGAAGAAUACGAAGACAACUAUGAUGGCGCUAUUCUGUGCUCCUGGAUCGCGCGUGGAGUGAAUUUUCUCGACUUUAUCAGCUGGAACCCGUCUCUAGACCCUUACGAUUGCACAUUGGCGAACAAUACUCGAUACUGCACCCUUCUGGGAUCUGGAUACCUUAUUCAGGAUACCAACCCUGACGAGAGCCUGCUGUAUGCUGACGUUCCAUCCAACGCAGCUCCGGACUCCACGGCCAAAUGCUACUAUUGGCAUGAAACUCAAGACGGCGACACGUGCGAAAAGAUUAUGGCGUCCGCAAAUAUCGCACUUGACGCGUUCUACGCAUGGAAUCCGAGUGUGAAGAGCGACUGUUCGAACAUGUGGCUGAACACCUCGUACUGCAUGGAAGGCCCCGGAUACGAUGACACCUACUAUACAGGUUCUCUGACUUCAACCUCAACUACUUUAACUGGAACUGGAACUGCUACGCCGACAUGCACACGAGACGCAAUUUCAGCUCCAGGGCCGACUCAGGCGGGAAUUGCGUGUGAUUGCAACAAAUACACGGUACAAGAUACCGACGGCGUCUACUGUCAAGACCUAGCGAACCAGAACGACAUCACCCUCAACCAGUUAUACCAGUGGAAUCCAGCGCUGAAUGGCGACUGCAGCGGACUGUGGCUCAAUUAUGCCUACUGCAUCGGUGUCACUUCCCCAACACAGUCAACCGCCUCGGCCAGUGCGACCGCCACAACGACGACCAAGCCCACAACGACGACAAGCGCCUCGCCAACUUGUGCUACCGUGACCCCUCCUGGGCCCACCCAGGCCGGUAUACCAUGCACAUGUGACAAGUAUCUAAUGCAAGCGGACGGCAUUUACUGCUACGAUAUGGCGGCUGAGUCCGGCAUUACGCUUGACGAGUUGUACCGACUGAACCCGGCGCUCGGCGGCGAUUGCAGCGGGUUGUGGGCAGGAUAUGCUUACUGUGUUCGCACACUUUGA